AUGAGGGGAAAGAAACAUAAGAAAUUGAAAAAUGAGACGGAGGACUUUUUGAUUGCGUUUUUGUUUGAUAUAGUAUUCUUUGCUAUUUGUGUAUGCAUAUGGUUAUAUCUGAGAAAGCAUAGAGAUGAAAGUAAAAUUAGUGAUCAUAUUUAUGUAUUAAAUAAUCAAGCACAAGGGGAAGGUAAGGUAGACAAGGAUGGAAAUGCAGUAAAAGAGGAUGAACCUGUUGAGAAAAAAAGAAAAGCAAACAGAUUUCGAACCUUUUUAAAUAUAAAAGAUGAUAAAAUAGUAAAUACAGAAAUUAAAUAUUAUUUAUUUUUUUUAAAAGCAAAUAGGAAUAUAAUAUUCUCUUUAUGUUUAUUUGGAACUUUCCUUGUUUUACCAUUAUAUCUUUCGUUACCUAGAGAUGAUAUAAACAAUCCGUCUUUUUUUAAUUACAUUAGUGCAGGUAGUAUAUCAGAUAUUAAUGUACUAACAAUUUUGUUUAUUAUUACUAUAAUAUAUAGUGCUAUUUCGUAUACUUUUAUUUAUUUUUUAUGGAGGAAAAUAAGACCAAGUAAAAAGAAAACGAAAAAAUUUUUACCCCAAAAUUUUACUAUUAUGGUUUCACGUAUUGAUAAAAAUGAAAUUAAUGCAUAUAAAAUUUACAAAUACUUUUGCAAUUUAACUAAUAAUAAAGUAGUAUCCGCAUAUCUAAUAUUAGAUUAUUCUAUAGUAUAUCAUGAACAAAAAAAGAUUUUUAAUGCAACCAAAAAUUUAAAACUACUAAAAGAAAAUGAGGAAAAAAAAAAUAUUAAAAGAGAUAAAUCGAAAAAAUUCUUUUUAGGUUUAUUAAAUAUUAAUGUAAAUAAAAAGAAAAAGCCGCAAUUACCUUUGUUACAAGUUUGUGAUAAGAAUAUGAAUGAAACAUGUAUAAUGAGUGAGUGUAAGGAUAAAAAUGCACAGGAUGGUGGAAAUAAUUCUUUAGCAAACAUCGAAGAAGCAGGUAGAAGCACAAUUAAUAAUUCAACCCUUCAGCGGAUUGAAUCAAAUGAGAAAGAGGGGAAGAGUGUAGACAAUUACAGUGAUACUAAAAAAGAUAAUAAGAAGCUGCAUUGGGAUGAUAUCAAGGUCGGUGGUACAAAAAUCGGAGUUCUUGAAAAGGACAAUAACAGUAAUAACAACAACCGUGAUGGUAGAAAUAACGACAAUUUUAAUGGCGAUGGUAAUAACAAUAGUAGUAAUAAUAAUAGUAGUAAUAAUCAUAGUAGUAAUAAUCAUAGUAGUAAUAAUCACAGUAGUAAUAAUAAUAACAGUAAAGAUUGUAAUGACAACAACAAUAACAAUAAUGAUUGUAAUAAUAACAAUAAUAAGGAUGCUGUUGUUAACAGUAAUAAUAAUGAUAAUAUUGAUAGUAAUGACAAGAAGAGUAGCAAAAAAGGGGAGAGUGUGGACGCACACAAGGACCACGAAAACAUGAAAUGGAAGGAAGACGGUGAAAUUGGCCACAAAGAAAAGAAAAGCAGUAGUACGAAGAUGUUAAAUAAAAGCAAAAACAGUUGUAAACAGAGAUGCAAAAGAUCCAAAACAAAAGAUAAUACGAAAAAGGCUAACGACGUUGAUUAUUAUGAUGAGGAUGAUAAUCAUGAUCAUCGUCGUCAUAAUCUUAAAGAUAAAAAUAAGGAAAUUUCUGAUGACCAACAGGUAAGCUUUUUAAAAGAUACAAGUGAUGAAGAUGAAGAUGACAAGGAUAAUGAUGAAGCUUUAAAAAAUAGUAAAUUGAGGAAAAUGAAUAAUAAUUAUAGGUACAAAUUAGAUAUUGAAGAAAAUAUAAUGAGGAGUAGUAAUAAUGAUAUGUUAUUCUAUGACUUGGAUAAUUUAUCAACAAAAGAUAAUGAUAACAUGGAUAUGAAUUAUAAAGGAAACAAAAACAGAUGCAAAUCUGAAUCUAAAAGAAAUAUUUUUGAAAAAUUAUUUUUCUUUUUAAAAAAAAAUAAAAAAAGUCAUUGGAAAAAAAAAUUAAAGGAGCAUUUAAUUAAAUUUUAUUCUAUAAAAAAUGAAACUCCUAAGAAAUCAACAGGGGUCUGUUUUGUGUCCUUUAUUGAUACAAAAUCCGUUCAUGAUUGUAUUCAUAACAUUCCAUUUACAGAAAGAAAUAAGUGGAUUAUAUCAAGUGCUCCACCGAAUUAUGAUAUUAUAUGGAAAAAUUUAAAAAAUAGUAGCUACAAAAUUUGUGCUCGCUUUUUUAUUCUUAAUGCAAUGUUAUUACUAGCUAACACUAUUAUUAUUAUUACUGUUACUUCCAUUGAUAAUAUUUUAAAGUUAAAGAUAAAAAAAUAUAGAUCUGAAAACCCUAAUUCUGGAAACCUUAGUGCUGUUUUAACAACCUGGUUAUCACCUUUUAUCGUUAUCGUCGUGAAUAGUAUUAUCCAGCCGGCCUUAAUCUCAUGCGUUUCAGUAGCAAUUGGUUUUAUAAGGAAAUCGAGUGAACAUACUUAUGUCCUGCAAGGAAAUUUUAUUUUUUUAAUUUUAAAUACGAUCAUUAUUCCGUUACUCUCCCUGUCCCCAUUAAGUUCCUUAAUUAAAGUAAUGUAUUCUGAUGAAAUAGGACAAUGGUCUACACGUUUGGGAGCUUAUCUUUUUAACUCUAGUGGUUUUUUUGCUAUGCGUUAUUUGCUUCAUUGUUGUUUUUUGACAUGUGCAAAUCAGUUGCUUCAGAUUCCGCAAUUUUCAAUUCGAUCCAUUGUUAAAACUUUAACCAAAAAAGAAACGAGUGCAUGGUCAUUUGAUUUUGGGUAUUGGUAUGGAUUAAAUACUACAAUUUUAGCCUUAAUUUUAACAUUUAGUGUUGCCGUACCGUUUAUACUACCGUUGGGAUCAUUGUACUUUUUCUUACGUUACUACAUAGAUAAGUAUAAUCUUGUUUAUGAAGUAUGUAGGACGAAUUUAGAUAGUCAUGGAGCUAUUGUGAGAACAGCUAUUAAGUUUAUGCUUUAUUCAGUAGCUUUUUUUCAACUUGUUAUGUUUACAUUUUUUUCGAGAGUUCAAAACAAAUUUAUUUUGGUCGGACGGAACAUCCUCUUUUUAUCAUCAUCACUUACAACGCUGUUACUCUUAUGUAGAUCUACCGAAUGGGUUAGCACUAAUCAUAUAAAAAAGAAGAAAGGUAAAAGGACAUUUUGUUAUUUAUGUGAAAAGAAUGUUUAUGUAAACAGUUUAAGGGAUUUAAACAAAUUAAAGUAUGCUUAUGCAAACCCUUAUGAAACGAAGCGAUAA